CUACGAUUCGUUUUCAUCUAUGGUGUUGGCACUAUCGAGAUCUCUAGCUAUCACUCGUCUUGUAUUCAGACCGAUCGCCUUAGCUUCCCGCCGAGCCCCAUACUACCAUACAUCUUACUCUACCAUCACUCAAAAACGCACAACCAAAAUGUCUGACAAAGAGGAACAAUCCGCAAAGCUCGAUCUACAUUACACCUCGGAGCGAGCGGAGGAGUUGAAAGAGAACAUCGAGGCUGUGCAAAAGGAGAUCGAUGAGGUCUGGGCAGAGGUUGAAGGUCAAGGCGGGGUCAAGCCCCGACUGGUAGCGGUAUCAAAGCUCAAGCCUGCUAGUGACAUCAAAGCGUUGUACGAUGCGGGGUAUCGUCACUUUGGGGAGAACUAUAUUCAGGAGAUGGUGGAUAAGGCUCAUGCGCUGCCGACGGAUAUCAAGUGGCACUUCAUCGGUGCUCUGCAGAGCAAUAAAGCCAAGCUCGCUGCCACCAUCCCCAACCUCUAUGUCCUGGAAACCCUCUCGUCCAUCAAGACCGCCAACAUGCUCAACAAGUCCACACCCGACGACCAGACCCUCAACGUGUACAUCCAGAUCAACACUUCCUCUGAAGAUGCCAAAUCCGGUGUCCAACCUCUUUCUCCCUCCAAGGAAUCUGAUCCGGAACCUAACCCAGAGGCUUCGGAGUUGAUCGACUUGGCUACCCAUAUCUUGACCGAAUGCCCGAGGUUGAGAUUACACGGGUUGAUGACUAUCGGCUCGCUUUCCGCUUCCACCUCGAAAUCAUCAGUCGGCGGGAACCCAGAUUUCGACACCCUCAAGUCUACGCGGACUGCUCUUGUGCAAGCUUUGAAGUCUAAAGGAGUCAAGGGCGCACCGGAGAGUGAAGGGGAGCUGGAGCUGUCCAUGGGGAUGAGUGCCGAUUUUAAAGAGGCGGUCAAGCAGGGGAGCAGUGGGGUCAGGGUAGGGACGAGGAUCUUUGGGGAGAGGCCGAAGAAGGUCAAAGCUGGGGAUGGACAGGGAGUGACCAAAUGAGCGAGCGUGAGCAUAAAGGAUUGAAUCGCUGGCUGUAUCUAUAAUCGUGUGAAUCAUGAGAGAGAUGUUUUACAAAACAAGU